ACGCCCAGCUCCCGAGUCUGUUCCUUCCUUCAGAGAGACUGGAAACGAAAGUUGGUUUGGAACGCGAACACGUACGUACUUCUCUUCCUUAAACUGGGACAGCAGGCUGGUAUUCAGACCCCAGUCCUCAGGAGCGACAGCAAUUAAAUGAAAACCUUUCCUCGUCGUACCAGCGGCUGUGGAAUAUAUGGAAUAACGCGCAGAGGAGAUGAGAGCAGGAUGUUCCCAAGUUUGUUGGUUUUAAGUUUUUGUUUUCAAAUGGCCGAAUCCCAAAUAGGCCAAAUCUUGCCACCACAAAAUGUAUCCCUGAUGUGGAUUAAUGAUUUUGUAUUGGAAUUGUCCUGGGCACCAAUACAGGAUUCGCUGCCAAACUGCCAAUAUGUGGUGGAGAGGAAAAACAAAGACCCCGACUACGCAGAUAGGGAUUUUAUUCCAUCAUCUCCCUUUAAACCUUUCAUGGCAAUGGAGGGAGAAUUUCUGCAACUGUCUGUUACACGUGACUGUGAUGGCACUAAGAGUAAGACAGUUGCCCUCAACGUCACCUACCCAGAGUUGGUGACAGAUUUGCAGUGCUACAUCUAUUCCUCCAGACAAAGUCACUGCUCCUGGCUCCCAGCCAGUCACGCUCCACAGCUCAGUUUUUUCUAUCGGUUAUUGAAUGAGGAUCUCACGAUGUCCCCUGAUGAUCCUUUACCCAGCUUACAAGAGUGUUCAUCAUACAAUUACACUGACGGCGUGAGGACUGGUUGUGAUCUGCAAGCGAAGCUCGCACAGAGCAUCCACAUCUUGUUUAAUGGAACUCUGAAUGACAUGCUUGUCAGGAACACCUUCAAGAAAGACUUUAGUCAAGUGAGACCACCUCCCCUUGAGUGGGAAGUCAAAAAAGCAGGAGAUAAAUUCAGUGUUAGCUGGACUCCUCCUGACAUCGGAGAUCUGUCUACAUGGAAGUUCAUAAUUAAUGUAACUGAGUGUAAUAAAGUAAAGACUAUAACCAAAAACACAGAAACAUCGGCUCAGCUGAACAUGGUCUCUCACUGUCCAUACUGCAUGGCUAUCAAAGCAGAGAUGGAUAAAGGGAAGACACCGUGGAGUGACCAGAUUUGUUUUGGUGCAGAUACAGAUCCUAAUGCAUUGGUGUAUGCUGCCAUUCUCAUCCCAUUGAUUUUUGCUGGCCUGGUAGUCCUCGCUUUGGUGUGUUGCAGGAAGAAUAAGGAAAAAAUCUUCCCUAAAAUACCAGAACCUCGGGACCUCCUCAGCGAUAUUUCUAACAACAACAUUAAGGGGAGCUUGUACAUCCCAGCAGAGAAAGAAGAAAACUGCAAAAUCACUCUGGUGACUGAUCCCCAAAUCAACAAAGCAGACCACUGACACAUCUCUGCAGUGGUGACAACUUGUAUGUGGAACAACUAGUCUCUUAAUUUAUUGUUGAACUGGCUCAACAAAGGUUUGAGAGACUUUAUCCUUUAACUGAUGGAUCCAGGAGAUACUUAUGAGUACACUUUUAUGAAAGGGCUGGUUUGCUUAUCAAAAUUUAAAACAAAAAAUGGCCUUUUUUGGCAUGUUGAGUAGCCAGAUAUGUAAUAGGAGAAGUCAGUUCCAACCCCCACCUUUCUUUUGAACAUUACAACAGUGCCUACUGCUGCAUUCUCAUGCAAUGAUUACACAAACGGAUGCGGUGAUAUCUACCUUCAUAAGGCUUACUUGCUGUUAUCUAGAGAGGGCAGUGCACAAGUUGCACUGCUGUGUUUCAGGCACUACUUCUAGGAGACACCUUGGACAUGUAAGAUAUUACCCAGUUCUUCUAACCAGGAACUCAGAGAGACGACGCAGACCACUUGGAUAUAUAAAAAAUAA